AUGUCGUCACCGAGCGCUGGGAAACGUCGCAUGGACACGGACGUCAUAAAACUCAUUGAAAGUAAGCAUGAGGUCACAAUCCUUGGCGGCCUGAACGAGUUCUGCGUGAAGUUCUUCGGACCUCCUGGUACCCCUUACGAGGGUGGUGUGUGGCGUGUGCGAGUGCACUUGCCUGACCACUACCCUUUCAAGUCGCCGUCCAUUGGCUUCAUGAACAAAGUAUAUCAUCCCAACAUCGACGAGGUCUCCGGCACUGUGUGUCUCGACGUUAUCAACCAGGCUUGGACUGCCUUAUACGACUUAUCGAACAUAUUCGAGUCGUUCCUGCCCCAGUUGCUCACGUACCCCAACCCCAUCGACCCGCUCAACGGCGACGCGGCCGCCAUGUACCUGCACAAGCCGGAGGAGUACAAGAAGAAGGUUUCAGACUACGUCCGCCGAUUCGCAACGGAAGAGGCUCUGCUAGAAAAGGACGCCAUUACGGGCGUCGGCGCCGCGUCAAAACAAAAUGGCGCCAAUUCCGACACAGAAUCGUCCAUGUCCGAGUUCAGUGACGACGAAGCGCACGAUAUGGAGUUA